AAAGAAGAAAGAAAAAGUUGGGAUGCCGAGGGAGGCAAAAUUCCCCGCAUCGCAUUGAUAGAAGAAGGCUGGGUUGAAUAUGCUUCCAUCUUCUGUUUCUAUGAUCGCAAUUGAAUUUCCUCAACCUGGAGCCGUUCCUAUUCAUGCAACUAUUCCUUUCGUAGAUUCACGACUUUUCAAAAGCCCCAGAUGAGUGAUAGAAGAAAGAAGCAGAAGCUAGAGGACACAACCAGUAGUUCUCCGUCGUCAUCCUCUCCGUCGAUUUCCUCCGACUCUGAUCACUCUUCCAAGAGGCGGUACCGUCAUCGAAAGGAGCGGCACAGAAGAAGCGAUGCGAGGUCCAAGAGAGAGAGAGAACGGAGAAUGGAAAAGGACGAGAAAAGGAGAAGGAAAAAGAGAGAUAGGAAGGAGAGUCGCAGACAUAGAGACAGAAAACGAGGGAAGAUGAGAAGAGAAGGGAAAAAGAAGAAGAGGAACUACGAUUCUGAUGAAAUUAGUGAAAACGGGUUCGACUCUUCCAGUGGUGGGUCUGAGGAGGAAGAGAGAUUGAGAGUCGAACCUGAAACUGUGCUGCGUGAAAUGAUGAGGGAGUUUCCUAAUGUUGGCAACGAUUUGAAACAGCUUUUGCAAAUGAUUGAUGAUGGGCAAGCCGUUGACAUCAAGGGAAUAUCUGAAAGAUUGCUUACGAAGCAUUUGAAGAAGUUGUUUCUUUCAUUAAAUCUUGAGGAAAAUGGAGAUAGAGUAUUCUUACUUCCUUCUAAAGUUCGUCCCACUUUGGAAGUUGUUGGCCCUUUAAUUCACUCAUAUAUAGAUUCCCUAAAGGAGCAAAUAGAUACUUCUGCGGCAAUGACUGAAACAUAUUCAGUUCCAGCAGAUAUGGGAAAUGAGAAGAUGGUUGAUGACCCAGAAGCUCCUUCUGCUGGUCCCCAAAGAAGAAUGAUAGGCCCUGCAAUGCCAUCAGCUGAGUUACUUGCUGCUGCCGCCAAAUUAACAGAGGCUCAAGCUGAGCUCAGAGAAGCAGAACUGGUAGACGAUGCCGAAUUAUUCAUAGGACCUCCACCACCUGCUAUGGUUACUGAAGCAGAAUCAGCUAAUGAGGCAGAACGCUUUGAAGAGGUUACAAGAAUCAUGGAAGCUGAGGCUGACAGCCCAUAUGAUGUUCUUGGAGUCAACCAUAAUAUGUCUGGUGAUAACAUAAAGAAAAGGUACUGGAAGAUGUCACUUUUGGUUCACCCAGACAAAUGCUCUCAUCCUCUAGCCCACCAAGCAUUUAUCAAGAUAAACAAGGCUUUUAAAGAGUUACAAGAUCCAGAAAAGAGGAAAGCAAUGGAUGAUAAAAUCAAACUGAAGCAAGAGCAGGAGGAUUUAAAGGCUGAGUUCAAAGUUAUGCGUGAGGCUGCACUCUGGCGAAGAUCACAAGGUAUAUCAAUGGAAGGUGAUGAUGUGCUUCUGGCAGAGACAGAGGUCAAAGUUGAACCAAAAAGAGAUGAAUGGAUGACAACACUACCUCCUGAGAGGAAACCUGGUAUGCCCACGCAAACUACUAAGUUUAGCCGGAGCUCAAAGGAAGGCCGUGGUGAUACCAGUGCUUGGACAGAUGCUCCAUCAGACAGAGCCCAGAAAGCAAAGAUGAAUUAUUUAGAAGCUUACAACGAGGCUACAGCGCUUUCCUCUAACGAAGAGGCGAAGAAAAGGGCUAGUGAGGAUGCAGAGUUGGUGGACAAAUACAACAAAGCGAAGAGGUCAAAAUCAUUGGUACAAAAGCACCAAGAAGAGAUUGCUAGCAAAUCUAAGAAGAAAUCAAAGCAGAAACAAGAAGCAGAGAAAGAAGAUUGGGUGGGUCAACAUCCAUGGAAACCUUGGGACCGUGAAAAGGAUCUAACUGCUGGGAGGAUGAAUGUGAGGUUGGAUCCAGAAAGCAUGUGUGAGGGCUUAUCUUCAAGGUUUUCUUCUGGAACCUUUCAGAGGAACUUCCUUUGAAAGUUAUCUGGGCUUGCAUGUAUAAUUAUGAGUCGAUCUCUUUUGCUUAGGCAGUAGUUUGGCUCGGGGAAGUUUAUGUUCUUUGGGUGAUUAACGUCUCAUUUGAUUUUCUUUCUUCGGUUAACAUCAUAUUACUGCGGAUGGACUUGUAUGUAUGAAAUUUUUAAGGACUCAAUCUACCAAAAAAGAAGAAAAUCGUCAGAUUAAAUUGUCAUUGAAUAA